CUCCCCUGCGCUGGAGGUGCUCGGCCGUCCUGGGACUGCUUAGCGCCUUUUCUUUUUAAAAUCUACUCGUCUGGCGGGGCGUGGUGGCUCACGUCUUCAAAUCAGGUUCACUGGCAUUAAAGGGGCCAAGAGGGAAGGACUAUGUGGCCUUGACUAUCGACAGCUGGGUGCUGCAGCAGAGGCUGCUGGGCUGUGAGGGCAGACGAGUGCUGCGUGGGGCCACACUGCCCGGAGCCUAGCACUCCUGCUCUGUGGACAUGGCACAUGCGUUCUGAGCAGCUAACCAUCUCCAGUCAGUUUGGCUGAUCUGGGAGCCCCCGGCCCACGCCCUCCCUGUCUGCUCACCUCCACUUCUUUCAUCCCCAUCAUCUUGGGCAGCUGCAGCCCCCGCUCAGGACCCCCGUCCCGGAACCCUCGAAGCUGGGAACCGUGUAGGGCUGCAGCUGCGCGGGGAACUGGAUCUGGGAAGGACUUCCUGUUAUCCCUAGUCCCCGGCUCCACCCGGCGCCACCGCCGGCCCAGCGCUGGCUGCAGAGUCCCGCUGCCCCGGGGAGAGGGGCCGCCUCGGCGACCCAGGUGCCCCGUGUGCCUCCACCUCGGCUCGUGGCCAGAACCUGAAGCGGGGGCCCGCGGUGCUUGGCCAGUGAGAGAGAGAAACCCCUCGUAGGUCUUCCUAGCUCUAAAGGAGAAAAUGUCUGCAGAUGGCAGAGUCAUCCUGGCUACCGAGAGCAAAGAGAGCGCUGGUGAGGUAUGGUCUCGCCGUAUCUCAGGCUGGUCUGGAAUUCACUAUGUACUUUCAGGGUGGCCUUGAACUCACAGUGAUCCUCGUACUCUGCCUCCCAAGAGCUGGGAUUAAAAGCAUGCGCCGCUGUGCCUGGCCAAUAAGGUCACCGGGAGGCUUGAAGGAGGCAGUGGGCACGAGUCCUCUGUAAGCAGUUUGCCCGCCGGUAACUGAUCAUUGCUGUGACGCGUGAAGAGAGAGCGCCCAGGGUCACUAGGACGGCAGACAGAGGAGCUCGGGCCCUCCCGCCUCGAUUCUGUGGCGGUUGCAACCAGAACACACCAGGGUCUGGGUCACAGUCAACCCUGUGGAGACAUGCUCUCUGGACAGAGGGAGACAGUGCCCAUGGAAGCCUCUCAGGAGCCACCACACAUUAAGACAGAGCCAGAAGAGCUGCACCUGGAGGGGGCAUCACGGGAGGACGGGGAUGCAGGGGCACGUAGCUGGGUGCCCCUAAGUCCUGGCUGUAAGGAGAAAUCCUCCUUCCUGCCUGGUGCAGGCCUUCCUUCAGCCCAGUUCCCCGUGCUUUCCCGAGAGGGUAGGACUCGAGACCGGCAGAUGGCCGCAGCACUCCUCACUGCUUGGUCCCAGAUGCCAGUGACCUUUGAGGAUGUGGCACUCUACCUGUCACGGGAGGAGUGGGGGCGACUGGAUCACACACAUCAGAAUUUCUACAGAGAUGUGCUUCAGAAAAGAAAUAGUUUGGCUUUUGGUUUUCCCUUCAGCAGGCCUUUCUGGGUCCCCCAAGUGCAGGAGAAGGGAGAGGCAGCAAGCUGUGGCCCAGAGACAGGAGCUGAGAAGGAGAAGCAAGUCCCUGGUUCAGGAGCUGUGGAGGUGGCAAAGGCGGUGCCGACCCUGGCCAUGGCAGCUCUCGGUGAUGUGAAGCCCUUCCGAACCAGGGCGGCGCGAGGGGCCCCAGGGGACGACCUGCAGUGCAGGCAGCCAGCAGCCAGGGGCCAAGGUACAGUUGGGCCCCUGGCUCCGGGAGAAGCCAGACAGCGCCAGUCAGCGCCACUGGACACGCGCACCCCAAACACCGGGGAGAGCCCCCGCGAGGAGAAGGGCGCCCCGGAGAGUGGCGAGGAGGGCCCGGGCCCGGACAGUGACACUGGCAAGAAGACCUACAAGUGCGAGCAGUGCGGCAAGGCCUUCAGCUGGCACUCCCACCUGGCGACGCACCUGCGCACGCACACGGGCGAGAAGCCGUACGCCUGCACGGACUGCGGCAAGCGCUUCGGCCGCAGCUCGCACCUCAUCCAGCACCAGAUCAUCCACACGGGCGAGAAGCCGUACACCUGCCCGUCGUGCUGGAAGAGCUUCAGCCACCACUCGACGCUCAUCCAGCACCAGCGCAUCCACACCGGCGAGAAGCCGUACGUGUGCGAGCGCUGCGCCAAGCGCUUCACGCGCCGCUCGGACCUGGUCACGCACCAGGGCACGCACACGGGCGCCAAGCCGCACAAGUGCCCGGUGUGCGGCAAGUGCUUCACGCAGAGCUCCGCCCUGGUCACGCACCAGCGCACGCACACGGGCGUCAAGCCAUACCCGUGCCCGGAGUGCGGCAAGUGCUUCAGCCAGCGCUCCAACCUCAUCGCGCACAACCGCACGCACACGGGCGAGAAGCCCUACCACUGCCUCGACUGCGGCAAGAGCUUCAGCCACAGCUCGCACCUCACCGCGCACCAGCGCACGCACCGCGGCGUGCGCCCCUACCCGUGCGCGCUGUGCGGCCGCAGCUUCAGCCGCCGCUCCAACCUGCACCGGCACGAGAAGAUCCACGGCACCGGGCCCAAGGCCCUGGCCAUGCUGAUGCUGGGGGCGGCGGCGGCGGGGGCUCUGGCGGCACCGUCGCCCGCUCCCACCUAGAAGGCCGGCGGGUCGCGGGACCCAAGCUCAGGCCCUGGGA